CGUGGGUUCCUCAUCCGGCUCCUGAGACGUGUUUAUACCGCCGCCAUAUUGCAACGGGGUUCCUCGGGUCAGCCCAAAAUAACAGAACAUGCCAGACUUCUGUGCCGCUCUCGGGUGCUCUAAUCAAAGGAACGCCAACACCAAGCAGCAGGGAAUAACUUUCCACAGGUUCCCGAAGGACAAAGUUAAAAGGCAGUUAUGGAAAAUGGCCCUGAAGAGAAGAGACUUUGAGCCAAAUGACCGCUCGGUUGUCUGCAGCUGUCAUUUUAAAGCAGAAGACUUUGACAGGACUGGACAGACAACUCGUAUAAGAGAAGGAGUGAUCCCAUCAGUUUUUUUAUUUACAAGACAUCUUGGCAAGGCACAUACUGCAACCAGAACAAGCAGGACCUCUCAGAAAGCUGCAGAAGAACCCCCACAGGUGCAGGCUGUGGAGCAAACGGCAUCUGUGAGUGACAGCUGCCGUUUACACAUUCUGGACCGUCAUCAGUUAGAAAGCCACUUUUCAUUCAGUCGUAAUAUUUUUCAGGAUCAUCAGUAUGCUCUAGACCCAGUGCAAGUAAAAAAGCGGUUAAAUGAGGCCCGGGAGAAGUUGGAAGAAUUGCGUCGGGACUUAAGAAAUGCUAAGGAUCGGGAAAGAAGGCACAAAAAGACAGUAAAAAGCUUGCUGGAGGAUUUGAAACACAAACACAUGCUCUCAGAAGAACUGCAGCAAAGACUGGAUGAUAUUCUGCUUGGCUAAACUGUGGCCUCUCUUUGUCGCUCCACUGGCCUGCGAUGUUCCUAAAAAAACAAAAAAAACGUUGCUCAGAUUUGAUAUUAAAGUUCUUAAAAAAAACAGUGUUUCCGUGACAACAUGUGGGUUAUAUUAGUGUGAUCCUUUGUAAAUGUUCAAAAUAAAAUCUAUAACACUUUUUUAAAAACCAUAACAAGUGAAGUGAUAAACAGUGAUAGACGUUUAUCAAACAUGACAUUCAUACUGGAAGCAAAGGAACCUCUCACUCAUGUCUCAUUAAGUGCUCGUCAGCAAGCAGUAGACCAGUGCAUCACCUGAGAGCAGACCAAUGUUAACUGCCACUCAGGAAGCGGUUCCUCAAAGACCGCUUUGUUCAGUGUUAAGAAGCAUCCUUCCGGAAGUCUUCAGCUGGGCUGCUUUGACAAACGUAGCAGCACAGGUCGCUGUGUGCUGCUGUUCCAGGCUUUAGAGCAAUUUGAUGGAAUUACCUGACAAAUAAUCUGACCUGCUGUGUUGUGGUUUCAAGGCCUGAUAUUGCACAUAACCUAAGUAGUCUUGCAGACACAGCAUGCUAACGAUGUCUUAGUCAGGAGCGUCUAAGAUCCACUCCAGAAGGCUCGGCUUGUAUCUCACGGCAGAGUUGUGUAUAAUCCCGCAGCGUUUUACUUUCACAUUAGAUUUUAUGU